AUGUCGGACCAACAUUCUGAGGCCAUGGGUCCUCCGGUGGGUAUGGCGUAUCGUACGCCCACAGGGCUGCCAUUCGAGAUCGCCGAACAUACCGGAAUCUUCUUCGAGGAACAACUAUACACCCAAGCAUUGACGCUUCUAUUCAACACCCUCGCCUCUGGGACCUACGCCUCGAAGACAGUGAUAGCUCCGUUACCUGAGCAUCUUGCGCUGGCAUGUACCUUCCUCGUUCACCCAUCGACUACAAACCGUGCCAAGAAGCCCGAACAGCAAGAGGCUCCGCAGGUCGCGUUGCGGCUCUUGCGGCUUAUCAGUACUUUGAUUACCCCGAAAGAUGCUGGGCUUGGUUUGGCUUUCAGCUUCAAACUUACUCGGACAUCGCGAUCGGGAAGACUGCUUCAUGCAGAUGAUGCCUCUUCCAGCCCCAAAGAUGUACCCCAUGAUAAGAUUCCUUGGCAGAAAUUGGAUGUGGCAAACGAGUCCUCGCUUUGGUCGCGUGCUGAAGACUUUUGGCAUGCUGUUGGAUGGGCAUUCAACUGCUCUGUACUUCAUCCGGAGCGGUGGGAGCAUUGGCAGACUUGGCUUCGGUUCAUGUGUGAUAUACUUCUGGAUGAUUGGGAGCAGCGCGAACAGGAGUAUGAAGAGCUGCUAGAAAAAAAGAGCCAGGAAGAACAAGAAGAAACAACACGGGAGACGACGACACGAAAAGGAUCCCGGUCAAUCAAAAAUGAUGACUUGGCCAUCUUCCGCGAAAGCAUGCUCUUCCGGUACAUCUACUCGGGGAGACAUGGAAAAAAUCGCAGAAUUGUGAGGGCCAUCUUUGCAGAUGGUAGCACUCCCUCAGUCAACGAGUUCCGUCAGGUAUUCGCCAAAGAAUUGAAACAUUCAAAGUCGAAAUCGGCACCAGAAAAGGCGAAAAAGCGAAAGAGCGAGGUCAACAUCGACGAGGACAAAUAUGGCGACUACUUGUCCCAAGACGAGUCCGACGAAGAAAGCACCGAAGUCACAGACCAAAGCAAGUCAACCUCUCGCGCUUCGUCUCCCCCGGUAGGCGCCAUGCCCCGACGGUCGAAGCGUACACGACGAGGCACCAGAACCACAGUAGACCCAACCGCCGCCGAGCCUGUUCAAGACUCUUCAGACACAACCACCUUAACCCAACACAGUGGUGGCGUCUCCACCAUGGGCGGACUAAAAUCACUCGGCCUGCGCAAGAAACUCCUCGGUCUCCUAUCAAAAGUCUCCGAGCGACUCGAAGACGACUUCAUGCCCGUCUCGGAGCUCUACUACCUCUUCGUCGAAAACAUUCGCCCCCUCCCUCUCCCCAUCUUCCAAACUUUCGUCAGCCCCUACAUCCUCCCCGAACUCCCAGACGACCAACAGACAACACUCUGUCAAAGUUUACUAGAAACCCUGCGCCAGAGCAGCGCCCCGAGCAUGCACGAAGAAUGGCUCGACCAAGUCAAGCUGGAAACCUGUUUCCUUCCAUUCGCAGCGACGACAUCUAGCGCGGCUGAUAAUGCCAAAGUGUCUAUCGCUCUCGAGGCCCUGGUCAUUCUCCUGGCUAAUGGCGAUUUGUUGACAAUGACGCCUGAAUUCAAGGAAUCUGUUGAGCGUGGGAUUUUGCAGAGGGCUAGCCGGGUUCAGGAUGAUAUGCGACGUAGUAUUGCGAGUCGGAAUAAGGAGUCGCUUGAGUGGUGCUGGCUGGUGGAAAGUGGGGACAGAUUGAUGUUUUUGGUUGAAAUGCUGGCAUUGAGGGGUACUCAGUAG